AAGAAUUUCAAUAAAUGUUAUAUUUGACAGAGUAAUCUCAAUGUUAAUGAGUUAAAGCAAUUAAGAAGGCAGUUUGCAGCAUCUUCAGAUAUUAACAAAGAUCACUUUUGAUGGAGAUAUAUCAGUAGAAAUAUUUGUUAAGAGCAAUAUACGAGAAGAAGGAAAACCUUUGUGUACUGUGACGAGAGAAAGGAAAAUUAUGGAAGAUGAAUUAUAUCGGAGUGAAGUUGAAUGUAAAAGAGAGUCUGAAGAAAUUGAUUUUUCUGAUGAGGAGGAGAACGAAAAGGGCAAAAUAUCAUUUGAUUGUGAUAUCUGUGGCAAGUCGUUCUCUCGGAAAGCUCAGUUUGUCAUUCACGAACGUACUCAUACAGGAGAAAAACCAUAUCACUGUGAAAUCUGUGGUAAAUCCUUUUCUCAAAACGGUACCUUAACCAGGCACAAGCAUGUUCACACAGGAGAAGCACCAUAUCACUGUGAAAUCUGUGGUAAAUCUUUCUCUCAAAACGGUACCUUAACCAGGCACAGGCAUGUUCAUACAGGAGAAAAACCAUAUCACUGUGAAAUCUGUGGUAAAUCUUUUUCUCAAAACGAUACCUUAACCAAGCACAAGCAUGUUCAUACAGGAGAAAAACCAUAUCACUGUGAAAUCUGUGGUAAAUCUUUCUCUCGGAACGAUCACUUAACCAAGCACAAGGGUGUUCAUACAGGAGAAAAACCAUAUCACUGUGAAAUCUGUGGUAAAUCUUUUUCUCAAAACGAAAACUUAACUAUGCACAGGCGUGUUCAUACAGGAGAAAAACCAUAUCACUGUGAAAUCUGUGGUAAAUCUUUUUCUCAAAACGAUACCUUAACCAAGCACAAGCAUGUUCAUACAGGAGAAAAACCAUAUCACUGUGAAAUCUGUGGUAAAUCUUUCUCUCGGAACGAUCACUUAACCAAGCACAAGGGUGUUCAUACAGGAGAAAAACCAUAUCACUGUGAAAUCUGUGGUAAAUCCUUUUCUCAAAACGGUACCUUAACCAGGCACAAGCAUGUUCACACAGGAGAAGCACCAUAUCACUGUGAAAUCUGUGGUAAAUCUUUUUCUCAAAACGAAAACUUAACUAUGCACAGGCGUGUUCAUACAGGAGAAAAACCAUAUCACUGUGAAAUCUGUGGUAAAUCUUUCUCUCGAAACGAUACCUUAACCAAGCACAAGUGUGUUCAUACAGGAGAAAAACCAUAUCACUGUGAAAUCUGUGGUAAAUCUUUUUCUCAAAACGAUACCUUAACCAAGCACAAGCAUGUUCAUACAGGAGAAAAACCAUAUCACUGUGAAAUCUGUGGUAAAUCUUUCUCUCGGAACGAUCACUUAACCAAGCACAAGGGUGUUCAUACAGGAGAAAAACCAUAUCACUGUGAAAUCUGUGGUAAAUCUUUCUCUCGAAACGGUACCUUAACCAAGCACAAGCAUGUUCAUACAGGAGAAAAACCAUAUCACUGUGAAAUCUGUGGUAAAUCUUUCUCUCGAAACGAUACCUUAACCAAGCACAAGCGUGUUCAUACAGGAGAAGAACCAUAUCACUGUGAAAUCUGUGGUAAAUCUUUCUCUCAAAACGAUCACUUAACCAUGCACAGGCGUGUUCAUACAGGAGAAAAACCAUAUCACUGUGAAAUCUGUGGUAAAUCUUUCUCUCGAAACGAUACCUUAACCAAGCACAAGUGUGUUCAUACAGGAGAAAAACCAUAUCACUGUGAAAUCUGUGGUAAAUCUUUCUCUCGAAACGAUACCUUAACCAAGCACAAGUGUGUUCAUACAGGGGAGAAGCCAUAUCAUUGUGAUAUCUCUGGUAAAUCAUUUUCUUAAAAUAGUCAGCUGCUUAAUCACUGAUACAUUCAUACUGGGGGAAAAAACCAUAUCACUGCGAAAGCUGUGGUAAAUCCUUCUCUCAAAAUGGUCGCGUAACUAUUCACAUACGCAUUCAUACUGGAGAGAAGCCAUAUCACUGUGAUAUCUGUUGUAAAUCAUUCUCUACAUGGAGUGCCUUAUUUAAACAAAAAUACAUUCAUACAGGAGAAAAGCCAUAUCAUUGUGAAAUCUGUGGUAAAUCUUUCUCUCGAAACGAUCACUUAACCAAGCACAAGCAUGUUCAUACAGACAGGGAACACAUUUCAUGAGGAAUAGAUUCAUUUCCCAAGUUACAGACAUUGUUUAUGAGUUUUAUUUUUCAAGCACAACAUCCAAAUUUUGAAAGUUUCUACUACCAUAACAAAUGCAUCUGUGUCUUACCAAGAAGUUUAUAAAAAGCAAAGGAAUGCUUCUCAGUAAACAACUCUAGACUUGUUUCUUGUGAAUCAGUGGUCACGUCUACAAAUGAUGGUGUCCCUGAGUCUUUUCAAAGUGAUUCAGAAAACAAUUAUAAUAAUAAUAUUUUAUCUAUUCUAAAUGAUCUUGACAUUGUUUUUGACUUUACAUAAAAUAUUCUUUACAUUUUA